UGCUUCAAUCCACACUUGGUGAGCGACUGAAUUGCACUGCCAGCCCAUACAGUAUAUGAGGAGCGAGAUCAAUGAUACCGGAGCCCCGGGUGCUCUGGAUGAUGUGUCACGCGACCUGGUUUUCCGGGGUAUGUCGAUCUCUUCGACGAAAGUUCCCGGAUUGGGAAAGUUUCGACGGAUCGUCACACACAUCAACCCUCCCCAGACUUGAUCAGGCGUUCUGGCGGCGUCUAAUAAGACGACAUUGAACGUCAUUCAUAUCAAACAUGCGAAAGAUUCGCAUUCUCUACGCAAGUUCUCAUCGUACGGAUAUACAACCAACGGAAGCACAACAAGAGAUCCUGGAUGACCAGCUUAACCAAAGUGUAGACGACCUGUCCCUGGCAAAUCGAUACAGAAUGCAUAUUCCGGUCUUGACAUUCGUGGCCGCAACGGGUUUGCUGAUAGGGAUAUUGAUAUGGACAGUGAUACAAAUCAUCGUUGACCCUCGGAAACUCAGACGCUUUCCUACCCCGUCACUCGGGUCCUAUACACCUUUCUGGCUCAUGUACCACAGCUCUCGAGGUCAGAGAUACGCAGCUGUUGAUAGAGCCCAUCAAAAACUAGGCCCCGUUGUGCGAAUCUCGUCGAACCAUAUCUCUUUCACGGACCCUCGUGCGUUCAAGGAGAUCUACAACUAUGGAAGUUCGAUUGUUAAGGAUGACUUUUACGAGAUGAUUGCAGCUGGAAAUCCCUCCAUGGCUCAGACUGCUAGCAAGGUGGAACAUGCUGCCAAGCGACGAAACCUCUCACACGUCUUCUCGGGUCCACAAAUCACGUCAAUGGAGCCGAGAGUUAUGCGAGUCGUCGACAAGUUGUGCAAGAAGCUCGAAGCGAAGUGCGAGGGCCGUCAAAUAGGCGAAGACGACAAAUAUCCUGCCAUUGAAGGUACAUUUGAUCUUCGUCCGUGGCUGAAUAUGACGUCCUUCGACGCAAUCACGUCCAUGUUCUGGUCCAACGAGUACGGCUUCCUGGACAGAGGGAACGACAUUUGCAGUAUGCAAUUGGCAUCCGGCGACGUAAGGCAGACCAAUGCCAUGAAUUCUUACCAUUCCGCUGUUCACUUCAAUGCCUGGCUCGCCCAUCUUCCGGAGGACUGGUACCGAUUUGGUCGGAAGUUGCUGAAGUAUACUCACGGCCAAAUGGCAGGCGAUUAUUUCAGUGGCAUGGCUCGAUACCUGGUGAGCGAAAGACUGCGCUCGAAUCCUCCAGAACCGGAUCUCUUCAGCUCUUUGCCCGUUAGUCCUAGCGAGAAGAGACCGCUUCCGAUGACCUUCGAUCAGAUCCACGCCGAGUGCACCACCAUGCUUGAUGCUGGUAACGACACCACGCAGACCUCACUCACUAACUGCAUGUACCAGCUCGCCAAGCAUCCAGACAAGCAAAGAAGACUUCGUGACGAACUAUACAGUGGCUUGCCACCAACAGCGCGUCCUAUUGCCAGUUUUGCCGACCUUCAGAACAUCCAAUACCUGCGUGCGUGCUUGGACGAAUCAUUCCGCGUACGUACCCCCCUUGGGUUCGGAUUGCCUCGAAAAGUGGUGGAGCCCGGCGUCGUCAUUUCUGGGCACAAGAUAUCCCCCGGUACAACAGUAAGCGCGCCGUUAUACUCUCUUCACCUUAACGAGGACUUGUUCCAUGAUGCAAAGUCAUUCAUCCCGGAACGCUGGCUGCCAUGCGACGAGUAUACGGACUCUUCGUUUCAGACGUCACCAGAAGAGCGUAAGAACCUCAAAGACUAUGUCCUCCCGUUCAGUCUUGGGUCCAGGGCUUGUAUUGGGAGGAACUUGGCUUAUAUGGAGUUGAGCAUCGUCAUCGCCGCGCUGAUUAUGUCCUUCGACUGGGAACUAGCUCGGCCGGCGGAGAAAAUGGUUACUGUGGAGCGAUUCAACAGCAAUCCGAAAGAGCUUUUUGUCAGGGCGAGGAGGUUGGAGGCAGCUUGAUGCUCCAGGAACAUCGAUAUCAAUGUUGCAAGUGAUCUGCCAGCGAUGAUGAAUGUGAUAGCCAUUCAGUCGUCCAGUUGUCGUGUAGUAUGCGCAAGUGAAGUAAUAGGGCACUUCAAAAGUAGUGAAGCAAGGGGUGAAGUUAAGAUCACC